GCAAGGCGGCUCUGGCGUUGGGGAGCCACUGACUCCGGCUUCCUGACACAGGCUGAGGCGCCAGAGAAGUCGACGUCACCUUCGCUUGAGGCAGAGAAAGGCAUCGAGACAGCUGCCUGCGGAUCAAGCCACUCUGCUUUCGUGGCUGGUGGUCGGCUGUACGCCUAUGGCUCCAACAAGUACAGCCAGCUUGGGCGGGAGAUCUCCGGAGCCUCCACGCAGGAGCCGGUUCAGAUAGAGAUGGACCUGGCUGUGCGACAGGUGGCCCUGGGCGCGUAUCACUCCGCCUGUGUCUGUGAGGACGGCUCGCUUUGGACUUGGGGGUGGGGCGGCGGCUUCUUCCACGGGGCCGGAGCUCUUGGACUUGGCCACCGGGACUCGGCUACCACUCCGCAGAAAGUGGAGCAGUUCACACAGCAUGGCCAAAAGAUUAGCUCGGUGGCCUGUGGGGCACAACAUACGCUUGUGCUGACCGCGGACGGCCACCUCUAC